ACAAAUAUUCUUUACAACUUGCAAUGUUGGCCCCUAUCCACUAGAGGGAUCUAGUUCUGUGUCUGAGUGCAAGUACCGCCCAUGGAAAACCCCAGAGACGAUUACUAAUGAUCUUUAUCUGCACUUCAUCUUGACUUCAUUAAAAGAUGAAGAACAUAAAGCAAAAUGAAAGUUAGGAUUUUGAGGAUGUGCAGUCAGAAUGACAGAUGGGUUAAGAGCAAGAUUGAGUUUAUUUAUAAGCAUUUAACAGGGUGAAACAGUGAAAAGAGUUUUGCUCCCAGUACUGACUUACAUUUGGAGCCAAUCGUUUUUCUUCUUCUUUUGUCAUCUCUCCAAAAACAAACCUGAGCUCAGGGGAUCUGGAAAGUUAGGGUUAGCGUCAGCUGAAGACCAUCACUCUCUGAGCCCACUCCCAUUCCCUGCUCUCCCUGCUCUCCUUUUGCAGCUGCAUAAGUUUUGGCGUCUAUGGAGACACUCAGCACAGAGGAAACGCAGGCCGUUACUUCCCACGACCCUGGAGAGUCGUCCCCCUCCAGGCGGUGCUGUGCUUUUGCAGCUCCGCAGUUGAGUCUUGUAUCUUUGAGUCAGUUCCAAUCUUCUCAAAGAUUCCAGACGUCAAAAGUGCCGCCCAUAAAUUUUGUCAAAUCGGUGUACAGUACACACACAUGCACACGAGCAAGACUGUGCGUCGGAGAGAUCGUGGUAUAGGAGGGAACUAAGUUCUCCUGAGUCGACCCCCUCACAGAGAGACACGGAGACACGGAGACAGGCUGCUGACUCAGGAGUCUCUCCUCGUCUCUGGAGUGGAAUGAAGCUGCAGCAGCACAGAAGGGAAGGAGGUGAAGCCAUGCUGGGAGUCUUCGUCCUCCUUCUGUCCCUCACCCCCCUGGUGGCCACGGUGCCUCACUCGGGAGCUCCCCGUGUCUUCUGCAAGCACUGCUGUGACCACUUAGAGCCAGAAGAGGGCAGUGGAGACCUAGCACCUCUUGUUGAAUUUAACCACGUCCCAGAGGUUCGCACCUACAUCAACAUGACCAUCCUGAAAGGUGACAAAGGAGAACGUGGAGACAGAGGAACACCAGGAAAACCUGGACACCAAGGUCCGCCGGGCUCCAGGGGCCUCACGGGUGCAAAAGGUGCCAAAGGUCAGGCGGGUCCUCCUGGAGAACCCUGUAAUCUCCAGUACUCCACUUUCUCCGUGGGCCGUCGCAAAUCCCUCCACAGCCUGGACUCGUACCAGGCGCUGGUGUUUGACACGGUCUUCGUCAACCCCGAAGGUCACUUUGACAUGUUCCAGGGGAAGUUCCUCUGCCACGUGGCCGGGAUCUACUUCUUCAACAUCAACAUCCACACCUGGAACUUCAAAGAGACCUACUUGCACAUCAUGCGCAACGACAGCGAGCAGGCCAUCGUGUACGCCCAGCCCAGUGAGCGCUCCAUCAUGCAGAGCCAGAGCCUGCUGCUGGAGCUGCAGCUGGACGACCAAGUGUGGGUGCGACUGUACAAGAGAGAGCGGGAGAAUGCUGUUUACAGCGACGACACAGAUGUUUAUAUCACUUUCAACGGCUAUCUCGUCAAGGCCAGCACGGAGGAAUUCAUUUAAUCGCUAACAAACAGGUGAGUGUGGGACGUUCGUUCUGUGAAUCACACUCACCUGUGCUCAGAGCGAUCCCAUGAUUCCGUGCUGCCCUUGCUACAGACUUUCAUUGCAGCAAAAAAAAA